CAAAUCGAAUAAUAAAUAUUUUACAUUUAUAUAUAUUAACUAUUUCAGUAUAGUUGUAACUACAUGCCACCAAAGUCCAAAACAAUCUCGACACUGCUGACUCAAAUUAUUACUCACUCCCAUUGCAAGAGUGAGGCUCCAUUAUUACUCACUCCCAUUGCAAUAAUGCACAGCACACACACGAGAGAGAGAGAGAGAGAGAGAGAAAUACAUACAACUGUGACCAUGGAGAGCUCGGAUUAUUUAGCUCGACGUCCCCUGCACGUCGUGUUCUUCCCUUUCAUGGCUACGGGCCACAUGCCUCCCAUGGUGGACAUGGCCAACCUCUUUGCCGCCCGCGGCGGCGUCGCCACCACCGUCGUCGCCACCCCCGCCAACGCCCCCCUCAUCGACUCCCGCCGCCUCCCCGGUGCCAACAUCAGCCUCCGCAUCCUCCCCUUCCCCUCCCCCGCCCUCACCGGCCUCCCUCCCGGCAUCGAGAACAUCGCCGAACUCUCCGACUCAGACUCCGUUAACAGGUUCAUGGUCGCCGUGCCUGGACUCCGUGAGCCUUUUAGCCGCCUGCUCCGCGAGAUACGCCCGGUCGACGCCGUCGUCUCCGACUAUUUCUUCCCCUGGACAAUCCCCGUAGCCGAGGAGCUCGGCAUCCCCCGCCUCGUCUUCCACGGCACCGGCUUCUUCGCCCUCUGCGCCACCGCCGCCCCUGCCACCCCGCUCGGCAGUAGCGACACCGUCGUCCUCGGCGGCCUCCCGCGCCGGGUGGUGAUGCUCCGCUCCCAAAUGCCGGAUAGCGGCAAGUCGCCCCCCGCGUUCCGAGAAUUGUUCGGCGAGAUCGCGACGACGGAGGGGCGGAGCUUCGGCACGGUGGUGAACAGCUUCUACGAGCUCGAGCCCGACUACAUCCGCCACUUUCGAGAGGCGAUGGGGCACCGCGCGUGGCACGUGGGCCCCAUUGCACUCUUCGGUCGGGACGGAACCCUCCUUCAAAGGAGGCUCCGCCCGAAAGAAAAACAAGAAGAUGAAGAAGCACAAGAACGAAAAGAGCAGACACAUGAACCAACUGGGUCCAGUUCUUAUCUAAUAGAAUGGCUCGACCGGAACCGGCCCGGUUCGGUUAUCUACGUGUGCUUCGGGAGCAUGGGCCGGCUCGGGGCAGCCCAGCUGGCCCAGCUGGCUUUUGGCCUCGAAGCGUCCGACUAUCCUUUUAUUUGGGUCGUCAGGGAUUCUGACGACGAUGAUGCUGAAUGGCUGCGACGUGGAUUCAGGGAACGAGUGGAGGAUAGGGGCCUAGUACUGAAGGGGUGGUCCCUGCGACACUGA